GUUGGUUACUUUUUGCAUAGUUUAUCGCGAAUCUUUGUAUUACGUGCCGAAAAGUAGACCCACUCAGUUGAAACGUAAUUAGUUAACUAGAAUACAACAUAUCAAAGUGGUUGUUUACAGCCACCAAAUGUUUUUCCGCCGAUGAGUUUAUUAUCGGAACUCCCGAGGCAAGAUGGAGGACGCAAGGACGAGAUGUUUUUAUGUCGUAUGAUACCGUUCCACUGCCUUGUGGACAUUGAGGAUCUGAAGUCUGUUCUUAUUUGAGUUGGAUCAGAGAUGUUAGAGAAAUGAUAGCAGCACCAGAGUUACCGUCAGAGUUCCACUACCCCCAGGAUUCAGACACCCGUUUCUCCUCAGACACAGACUUCUCUGAGGGUCCUGAUGUCAGUAUUAACCCAACGAAAGGAAAGGGUGGGAAGAAGGGGAAGAAGGCGGUGGGAGAGAAGGGUAAAGGAGGCAAGGGGGUGGGGGAGGCAGGGAGGAUGAAUGGCCACCACCAGGAGAACGGCAUGGAGAACAUGAUGCUGUUUGAGGUCGUCAAGAUGGGCAAGAGCGCCAUGCAGUCCGUGGUGGAUGACUGGAUAGAGUCGUAUAAAGCUGACCGGGACACAGCUCUGCUGGACCUCAUCAACUUUUUCAUCCAGUGUUCAGGCUGUAAAGGCGUUGUCAGUGGAGAGAUGUUCAGGAACAUGCAGAACUCCGAGAUCAUCCGGAGGAUGACUGAGGAGUUUGACGAGGACAGUGGCGACUACCCUCUCACCAUGGCAGGACCACUGUGGAAGAAGUUUAAGGGUAGUUUCUGCGAGUUCAUCGCUGUGUUGGUGCGGCAGUGUCAGUACAGCAUCAUCUACGACGAGUACCUUAUGGACACGGUGAUAUCUCUGCUCACCGGGCUGUCAGACUCGCAGGUCCGAGCCUUCCGGCACACCAGUACUCUGGCAGCCAUGAAGCUGAUGACGGCUCUGGUGAACGUGGCGCUGAACCUGAGCAUCAACAUGGACAACACCCAGCGGCAGUACGAGACGGAGAGGAACAAGAUGGUCGCCAAGAGAGCCAACGACCGGCUAGAGCUACUGCUGCAGAAACGCAAAGAGCUUCAGGAAAAUCAGGACGAAAUUGAAAACAUGAUGAACGCCAUAUUCAAGGGUGUGUUUGUACACAGAUAUCGCGAUGCCAUAGCGGAGAUUAGAGCUAUUUGUAUAGAGGAGAUUGGAAUGUGGAUGAAACUGUACAGCGACGCCUUCCUCAACGACAGCUACCUGAAAUACGUAGGCUGGACAAUGCACGACAAGCAAGGUGAGGUACGUCUGAAGUGUCUGACAGCGCUGCAGGGUCUCUACUACAACAGGGAACUCAACACCAGGCUGGAACUCUUCACCAGCCGAUUCAAGGACCGCAUCGUGUCCAUGACUCUGGAUAAGGAGUAUGACGUGGCGGUACAAGCAAUAAAACUGCUCACUCUUGUGCUACAUAGUACAGAUGAGGUGUUGAGCCCAGAGGACUGUGAGAGCGUCUAUCACCUGGUCUACUCCGCCCACAGGCCGGUCGCCAUAGCAGCAGGGGAGUUCCUCUUUAAAAAACUGUUCAGUACGCGGGAGCCAGAAGAGGAAGGAGCUCCCAGGAGGAGAGGCAGGCAAAGCCCCAACGCCAACCUCAUCAAAACCACUGUCUUUUUUUUCUUGGAGAGUGAGCUCCAUGAGCAUGCUGCCUACCUGGUUGAUUCCCUGUGGGAGAGUGGAGCGGAGCUCCUUAAGGACUGGGAGUGUAUGACCAGCCUGCUACUUGACGAACCCCUACCUGGGGAGGAAGCUCUGACAGACAGACAGGAGACCGCCCUCAUAGAGAUCAUGCUGUGUACGGUCCGCCAGGCUGCCGAGUGUCACCCGCCCAUCGGCCGUGGCACAGGGAAAAGGGUGAUGACAGCGAAGGAGAAGAAGACCCAGCUAGACGACAGGACCAGGAUGACUGAGCUGUUUGCUGUGGCUCUGCCCCCUCUGCUGGCCAAGUACUCAAUAGAUGCAGAGAAAGUGACCAACCUGCUGCAACUCCCCCAGUUCUUUGAUCUGGAGAUCUACACCACAGGGCGCCUGGAGAAGCACUUGGAAGCGUUGCUGCGUCAGAUCAGGGAGAUUGUGGAGAAGCACACGGACACAGAGGUGCUAGAGGCUUGCUCUAAGACCUACCACGCUCUCUGCAACGAGGAGUUCACCAUCUUCAACAGAGUGGACAUCGCCAGGUCCCAAAUGCUAGAUGAGCUGGUGGACAAAUUCAACAGACUGCUGGAAGACUUCCUACAGGAGGGUGAAGAGCCAGAUGAAGACGAUGCCUACCAGGUCCUGUCCACGCUCAAGAGAAUCACAGCCUUCCACAAUGCCCAUGACCUGUCCCAGUGGGAUCUGUUCACCAGUAACUUCAAGUUGCUGAACACGGGCAUCGAGAACGGGGACAUGCCCGAGCAGAUAGUGGUCCACGCCCUGCAGUGUACUCACUAUGUCAUCCUCUGGCACCUGGCCAAGGUCUCUGAGGGCAGCCACAGAAAGGAGGACUUGGUGAGUCUGAGGAAACAGAUGAGGAUGUUCUGUCUGAUGUGUCAGCGUUACCUCACCAACGUCAACACCACCGUCAAGGAACAGGCCUUCACCAUCCUGUGUGAUGUGUUGCUGAUCUUCAGUCAUCAGAUGGUAUCUGGGGGCCGGGAGCAGCUGGAGCCUCUGGUGUACAGUCCUGACGACUCCCUCCAGAGAGAAUUGCUCUCCUUCAUUCUGCACCACGUCUUCAUAGACCAGGACGAUGACAGUGGCAGCACAGACGGCCAGCAGGACGACGAGGCAGGGAAGAUCGAAGCACUGCAUAAGAGGCGAAACCUCCUGGCCGCGUACUGUAAACUCAUCAUCUACAACGUGGUGGAAAUGAACACUGGGGCCGACAUCUUCAAACAGUACAUGAGGUAUUAUAACGACUAUGGGGACAUCAUCAAGGAAACCAUGUCUAAGACCCGGCAGAUAGACAAGAUCCAGUGUGCCAAGACUCUGAUCCUUAGUCUACAACAGUUGUUCAAUGAGAUGUUGUCAGAGUUGGGGACGGGCUUCGACCGCUCGUCCUCAGCCUUCUGUGGCAUCAAGGAGCUGGCCAGGCGCUUCUCACUCACCUUCGGUCUGGACCAGGUCAAGACGCGAGACGCCAUCGCCAUGCUGCACAAGGAUGGAAUAGAGUUUGCGUUUAAGGAGCCCAGUCCUCAGGGAGAAGGGAACCCUCCUGUAUACCUGGCCUUCCUAGACAUCCUCUCCGAGUUCUCCUCCAAACUCAUGAGGCAGGACAAGAGGACUGUCCACAUGUAUCUGGAGCGGUUCAUGACCUUCCAGAUGGCUCUCCAGAGGGAGGACUGCUGGCUGCCUCUCAUCUCCUACAGGAACUCCCUCCAGGCUGGGGGGGAUGACGACACCAUGUCAGUAGUCUCGGGCUACUCUUCCCGGGGGUCCUCGGUCCGAUCCAAGAAGGCUAAAGCUGCCACACCCACCGCUAAUGUGGCCGCCUCCAAGAGGAAGCUGCCUGAAGCCGAGGAGAGCAGCAGCAGCGCGGACGUGUCGUGGCAACAGCAGACCAUGCAGACGCCGGUGAUGAUGCCCUCCCCCCACCUCACCUCCACCAUGUUGAGGGGCCCCGGGGACGUGAGGGGGGAGCCCAAGCGGGCCCGCGACGACAGCUACAUGGGGGUGUACGCCCUCCCCCCGGACCCCCAGCAGCAGCCUCACCCGCACACGCUCCCCCAGACGCCGCAGCUCCACCAGACGCCCAUCGACUACAAUACCCAGGUGACGUGGAUGUUGGCUCAGAGGCAGCAGGAGGAGGUCCGUCAGCAGCAGGAGAGGGCCCUGAACUACGCCAAGCUCCGAACCAACCUGCAGCACGCCAUCCGGCGUGGAACAGGUCUGAUGGAGGAGGAUGAGGAGCCAAUCGUAGAGGACGUGAUGAUGUCAUCGGAGGGUCGUAUGGAUGACCUCAACGAAGGCAUGGACUUUGACACCAUGGACAUUGACCUGCCCCCAUCUAAGAACCGCAGAGAGAGAUCGGAGCUGAAACCAGAUUACUUUGACCCUGCUUCCAUCAUGGACGAAUCAGUCCUUGGAGUGUCCAUGUUUUAAAUUUGUGUUUGUAGACGGAGAGUAAAGAAGAGGCAUUUUGUAUUUAUGGAGAAGUUUAGAUGAAGAUCAGAAGUCUUCUUUCUCUGGUUUAUAUUCCAUGGACUAACACACACACACACACACACACACAACACAGUGUUGCUCGCUCGGAGGGGACUGAAUUAAUACAAAUAAUCUUAAUAAUCCUUGGGUAAGCUUUCCCCUCUCAGAUAGAUGAGUGGCAAACCAGUUCCAAACCCAGUGGAAUCCUCGAGACAUUUAGUCUGACGAAAGUCCCAUCAUUCUAGAAUGUUUUAUUUUCAUUCCGGAUGAAAUGGAACGUCUUCUAACUUAAGAACCCUUUUUUGUUUUGUUUUUUAAAAUGUCUUCUAACCCUUUCGCUGUGCUAGUAGGAACCCGGUGUGGUGUAGUAAUUUAUAAAAACAGGUUUUUAGUACGAAAGGUAGGUAGCUAGCAGGUAGCUGUGCUGUGGUAGUAGCUGAUGGAAAUUGUCUUCACGAUGGUUUCUGUUUUCUAGUUUUCCCGUUAGACUGUUGGUAGACUGCUGGGUCUGUGGUUGGGGCUACAAAGGCUGGUGGUUCUGUUUGUGGGUUGUUGAGUUGGUCAGCUGUGACAGUAAUGGUCAUCACUAUGGCUGUCCAACAGGUCUCCAAGUGCGGUGUCCUUCACCCGAAAACAAGUAGAAAUAAACCCAGACUGUUGUAAAGGCUCGAGUAUAGUUUAUUGCAUCAUUCAGACAACAAAGGUCUUGGUCAUGUCCACCAGUAUGGGGGUACAGUGGUUCUAUUCCUUGGUGGUUGACUGCAGUCUGACAAAGCUGUGGGUGCUGUGACGGGUCCCGGGGCGCCUCUCUGAUGUAGUGCACUAUACUUGGAAUGGCGUGCAAAUAGAGAAACCCCCCCCCCCCCCCGCCCCACUGUUUGAAGAGGAACUAGGUGGUCACACGAGUCCUGAAGCUUACCCAAAGAUUUGGAGCCUUCUGUCUAUUUGUCAAGAUGUCACGCCCUCAGGACAGGGAGGUGAUUCUUUCUCGCGGCGCCGCAGCCGGGUCGACUCUGAUAAGCAAGCAGCACAUUAAUACACAGACAAUACAUUUCUCCCUCUCCAGAAAAUCCAGCAUAUUUAGAGUGUUGAAAUAGCUAUCUCUACAUUUGAAAUAAAGUUAUAUAUGAAUCGGUGCUGAUUUUAUAACUGUGCUUUUUGUUUUGUUUUUGUUUCUUAUUCAAAAUUUCAACCUAAAGUUCUAAGGUUUCAGAAAUGUGUAAGUAAACUGUUAAAAAUUAAAAGCAUGUGUUAGUCAUGCGCCGAGGAAGAUUUUUAAAUUUGUAUUUUUAUGUUUUUUUUCUUCGUCUUACCGUCUUGGGGUUUUUACCUUUUUUCCUACGUGUAAAUUAGUUUGGAUAAGACUCAUCAUGAAAAAGAAAUAAAAAUGUGUGGAAUUUCAGCUUUAAGGUUUUCACCCAUAAACACCAUGAGUUCUAAUAAUAAUAGUCCACAAUAUAAAACUGUCUUAAAUUCAGUUAUCCUAUAGAAACGUUGGCCAGUUCCUACCAAAUGGCACCCUAUUUCAUAUGGACCCUGGUAAAUGUAGUUUACAAUAUAGGGAACAGGGUGGCAUUUGGGACCUUACUCAACACAGCAGCAGCACUCUGGCAGCUAGACAAAGCUUAAAUGUGACAUAAACUAUUAUUGUUGUCCAUGAGUUUGAAUUAAAUGUUCUGUCUACUGAGGUAAAUCAAUCUUUGUAAUCAUUCCAUGCCUGAGCCUUAAUCAUGCUGUAGUGGAAGGAAAUAAUUUGCCCUGUCCUAGAGACGAUGGCCCAGACACCAUACCAUGUCUACGAGGAGCAUUCCUUAUCCAAGUCAUUAUUCAGUGAUUGGAGCCAUGUUGUUUAGCCUUUAGUGUUCUGUCACAUUGGUGCGGUCUGAGAGGCCACUUCUGAAAUCGAGACACAGAUGUAUAUCUGAUUGGAAUGGAUAGGUGCAUUUUAAGCAAUGCCUUCAUUCCAUCAAGUCUAUCAAAGGUAAAAUUGCAUUGUAUUGCUUUAACCUGUGAAAUUGUUUGAGAUCUACACUUGUAACUAGGGGUUAGGGUUUUGGUAGCUUUAAAACCCAGGCUUCUUGAGACCAUUUGGAAGGAUGGCCUUGUGCGGUUAAGGUUUUGACCUAAGGGUUGUUUCUGGACAGGGCCUGAUUCUUCUCACUGCUCUUCCAUGUUAGAGAGGUAGCCAUGUUUAAAGAUAGGAGUUGGGGUUGUUAUGAUGACAAAACAUUACAGAUGACCCGGAUGUGAUAGUGGUGAGGUUGUUUUACCUAAUUUUAUGUAAGUAAAUAUUUUGGAUUAAAAAUUGCUGUCGCUUUUGUUUUGUCACUAACUACCACUACAUCGGUAUAAUUCCUUUAUUUUAUCCUGUAUAUAAACAAACAUCAAGCUUUAUUUGAAUUAUCUGUGUUUUUACUUUUUGACCAUUUAUGUUUGUCUCAUUUUUUUCCUCCUAUACACACACAUACUUCUGCGGUAUUGUUUGUUCCUCAUCUUGUCACUCACUCUUUCAGAUUUGUACUUGUCUGGAGACAGUAACUUUUGGAAUAAAAGUAAACCAACUUGA